UCGAUUGUGGUUCAAAAAUUCAUGAAAAAGUGAGAGAAAUCUUCAUCCCUUUCUUAAAAAUGAAGACGUUCGUUAUCCUGCUUCUUUCUAUUAUUGCAUUCGCUUACACUUCCGAGCCUGAAGGAUCUUCAGAAAAAGAUGAUUCAGAUACGACCGAGGACGAAAAGCUUCUACAGGAGAUGGCUGGAUGGGUAGCUUACUUUCAUGAAGGAAAAGAUCCUUGUCCGUCAAACAGCUACUUUUUGAGCCGCUGCGUCAAUUGCAAUUGUGUUGGUGAUAAGUCUGCCGAGUGUGGUAGAGGCCCGGAUUGCUUUGUUCCAGAAAGACCACUGCACCUCAAGACGCCUUGUGAAUUGGGGAAAAAAUUCUGCAUUGGUCCUAUUCACUGCGUUUGCCACUCAACAGAUAAUUUCUUAGUAACAUGUGACGGAAAUAAUUAUACAACAUGUAUAUACCAUCACAGAAAAAACUGAAGUUAAAUUUUGUUGCAUGUAAAA